AUGUUUAAGAAUAUUAUGUUUUUCAAGGCAACGGUCGACGAAAAAAUUGAAAAUUUCUUCACUUUAAUUAUAAUCAUUUUUAAUUCAUUCAGAUCAUUGUAAUCGACGACGGAAGCCCGGACGGCACACUGAAAGUUGCUGAAAAGCUUCAGGCCGAAUAUGGAGCGGACAAAAUUCUUUUGAGGCCCCGAGAAGGAAAACUCGGUCUUGGGACCGCCUAUGUCCAUGGUUUGAAACACGCGAGUGGCGAGUGAGUUUUUUUUAGAUUUUGAUUGAAAAAUAAAUAAGUUAUCAUUCUUUACAACUGAUUUCAGUUUCAUCAUCUUGAUGGACGCCGAUCUCUCGCAUCACCCCAAAUUCAUUCCAGAAAUGAUCGCCUUGCAACAAAAAAAUACAAGGUGAUCGAGAAAGGAAAUCAAGGAGUUCUUAAUAUUAAAAAAAUGCCUAGAAAUAGAUAAUUGUACCUUUUGGAGCGUUUUAGCCACUUUUUUUUCAUUUUCAAUCAAAAGCGUGUAGAGAAAACUGGAAGGCGUUUUUGAUGGCUAAAAUGGCAAAAUCCUUGAAAAUAUACUCAGAAAUGAGGGAAUCGUGUUUUUGAGACAUUUUAGACAUGUUCCAUCUUUAAAAUCGGAACUUGAUACACUAUGAUCUGAAUUUUUGAAGCGAUUUUAUCCGAGAAAAUGAAACUUGUUUCAAAAAACUUUCGAAAAACGGCUUCGUAACAGAGAAAAUUCAUUUUGGAGCUGUUUAGAACAUUAUUUUUUGACUUUUAAGGGGUUUUCGUCUCUCAAUUAACAAGAUAUGAUACUUAAAGUUGAGAAAAAUGUUUUGAAAUGAAGCUAAAUUUCUCCGAAAUUCCGAAUCUAGCACUUUUAUGAAGCAUUUUCGAGCAAAGAUUUCGAAUUUUUAGACAUUUCUGUUGCUUUUUCACACCAUUUUGUUGAAAAUGCGAACAAUUUUCAUGAAUUCAGUUGGAUAUUGUGACGGGGACGAGAUACGUGGGCACUGGAGGGGUUUCUGGCUGGGAUUUGCGCCGGAAAGUCAUAAGCAAAGGCGCCAAUUUCCUUGCUCAGGUUUUUUUGGUCCUGAAAUUCUUUUCAAUAAUAUUUUUCAGUUCCUUCUCCGUCCCGGGGUUUCCGAUCUGACCGGCUCUUUUCGACUUUAUAAAAAGGCGAUUUUGGCCAAACUGAUCGCGGAAAGCGUCAGCAAGGGAUACGUUUUUCAGGUGAGGGAUCUGGGAUUUGUUUUAGGGAGAUGUCGAUUUUUUUUUUUGAGCCUUUUUUUAAGGAUACCAAGUUUUUAUAAAUAAUGAGAUAGUGCUUCUUUGAAGAAAGUUAUAGGAGAGCAGCUUUUUUUUCUUGAUUUUUAUUCUCAGUAUUGUCUCAGUCUAACAUUUUUUUCUGUUUUAAAUGUUAACUUAAAGUAUGAAAAAAAUGGAAUCUGAUAUGAAAAAGAUGAGAUUUCGCACUAGAAAGGUUAUAUUUGGACAUGAGCUUCCGCAUUAUUUUCGCUCAUUCUGCAAAUAUUUUUAUUCAAAAUCUUAUCAAGAUAAAGUUAAAUGGAUUUUAGAACGGAAGAACAAAAGAACCCUGAAAAUUUUGUCUUUUUUUGUACAUUAAAUGCUUCGAAACUGAUUUAAAAGACUUCGAAAUCUCGCAAAAUAGAAAAUCCCAAAAAAAACCUCUUCAGUUCGUUUUUAUCUCGAAAUUUCAGAUGGAAAUGAUGUUCCGAGCUCGAAAAGCCGGCUAUCGCAUUGGCGAGGUGCCAAUAACUUUUGUCGACCGAUUUUUCGGCGAAUCCAAGCUCGGAAGCCAGGAAAUCAUCGAUUACGCCAAGGGAUUGAUGUACCUUUUCACUUCUGUUUGGUGA